AUGACAUCUCCAUGUUAUCAAAAAAUGUUGUUUAUAUUCUUAUCUGUCUAUGAAAAUUGCAAAUUACUGAUUGAUUUUCACUUGAAUGUUAUUAUCAUUUCAUUUGCCCUCCUCUCAUCUAAGUAAUCGUAACAGCGUUAUCUUAACAAACCUUGGAAUUUAAGGAUAGCUGCUAAUUUGUCGAAUUCUUCGUUGUUAUUUUAUAUAGGUCUACCUGCUCUUAAGGCGGUUAACUCCUCUUUUCAUUGCUGAUGGGUCAAGCUCAAAGUCAAUUCUCAGAGGAGGAGCUUCAAGAUUAUGAGGAUUUAACUUAUUUUUCAAAAAGAGAGGUAUUGAAAGUUCAUCAGAAGUUUAAAGCUCUUGCUCCAGAAAAAGUUGGCCACAACAAAAAUGCAAAGCUAUCCAUGAGCAAAAUUUUGCAGUAUCCGGAGCUGAAAGUAAAUCCUUUUGGUGAGCGAAUUUGCCAAGUAUUCAGCGCUAGUAGGGAUGGAGAUCUGACCUUCGAAGAUUUCCUUGACAUGAUGUCUGUUUUCAGUUCUUACUGUCCCAAGCCAGUGAAAGCAGAACAUGCUUUCAGAAUUUUUGAUUUUGAUGGGGAUGAUAUGCUGGGACUGUCUGAUCUUCGACAAGUGAUUGACCGGAUAACAGGUCCCCAGCACUUGAGCGAGCAAGAACUUCAACAUUUCAUUCAAAACAUCCUUGAAGAAGCGGAUUUGGAUGAUGAUGGAGCUCUCUCUUUUGCCGAAUUUGAGCACAUAAUAGAUAGAGCUCCAGAUUUUGCCAGAGCAUUUUCAAUGCAUUUGUGAAGAAUUAUCUGCUUGCUUCAAGAGAAAAUGAAUGGAACAAUUAUUUUGCAUGGAUCUCAACAUCAUUCAAGAAUUUUUCCAGCAAGAAUUUGUGCUACUGGAUGGUGACAGAGAGCUGUGAACUCUUUGAAGUAAAAAUCAAUUCAUAGAUCCAUCGAACUUUAGAACAACACAUCUAAAAAAUCAAUUUUUAUACUUUUUAGGGACUCACCCAAUUCAAAGCCACGUUUGAGGUCAACUCUGACUUGCCGAAACAAAACUUGGAAAUGUGAGCUUUGUCGUAAUGCCUUCUUCUACCAAAAUUGAGGCCAAGUGGUGCAAAAUGUUUUUGCUCAUACUUUUAGCUCUCCAUUGAACUAAAAUGUUUCCAAUUCAGUAAAUAGAAUCCAAAGACAAUUUAUUUUUUUGCGCCCACCACCUCUGUGUGGGUUCGACCCCUAAGGCUACCCUAAAAAUUAACAUAUUUUCUUUUUCCCGAAUUCAUAAUUACAGCAUUAAGAUGAAAGCCAUGAAAAUUCAUUUCUUAUACAUUCAGCUGUCAUAUUUUUUUUUAGUUCAGUGGUAAAGCUCUAUUCAUGUAGUCUUUCUUGUAAACUCACCUCUGCUUUGAAUGAGGUCAAACGUUUAAAUCACUAAAAACUUGCAUCUAAGGAUAUUCUUGCAAAACAGGGAUGCUCAGUCCAAAAAAUUAAAGCUGCUGUCUUCAGGAUAAAAAAAAGUCCUGCUAACUUGAGUUGUUGUCAUGUUGGCACCUUUGGAGCAGAAAAGCACGGUAAAGUUCUCUUUGGGCUAAUAACCUCCAUCAGGAGGUAAAACUCUGAACUCUCCCAAUUAGCCAAGUACUGAUGAUGAAGGAUUGUGCUUUGUGUCGUCACUCAUAAGAUUUUACAACAACAUAAAUACUCUCUCUGUUUUUCUACAACUGUAUAAUUACCAAACCACACAAGGGGUCAGUUUUAAAUAAAAUUCUACUCUGCUAUAGAACGAAAGCCAACCUCCAUAUGUGAAACUUGCGUAGGUUAUAAUGUAGGCCUAGGUUGCGUAAUUUAUUUAUGUUCUAUUGAUCUCUAGUCUCUUCUUACUUAUUUACUCUUUUUUAGUUUAAGUAUUUUCUUUUUGCAAAUGAAAGUACAUGGUUUUUUGCCUAAUUUUAACACCUCUUUUUUGCUCAAUGCACUUCAAAAUAUUUUGUGUAACUUUAUUACCUAAAGCUCAAACAGUGAUGAGUGUUACUGCAUUUCUUUCAAGGAGAGAAAUCUGCUAGCUGCAGGAAAAUUUUAUUGAACUAAAUAUCAAGGUUAUCAAUUUUUAAAAGCUCAUUUUUUUAACAAAAUUUAUUUACUUUAUUUCUUAGUUGCGAGGAAGUCCCUCCAUUUCCUUCUCAGGGUUGCUCCUUCUUAGUGUUAUUUGUGGAAUGAGAAAAAGUGAGGUGCAAAAUACAUAUUUGGAAAUGCAGGCCACAUACCAUUACUUGAUACUUUCUUCUGGGGCCUGAUUUGUGGAUCUACUGUUUGAUUUUCUUUUAUUUCUACCAAAGAUUUUACUGUUGCCAAAAAAAAAAGGGUAUCAUUUCAAGAAAAUUUCCUCAAAUCCCCUGCUGUACCCCAAGCUGACUGCAGAUUGUAAGACAGAGCAUUUUCUACAUCCGUGUACUGCUUCUGCCAUGAUUUUUAAUUUGUGAAGUUUAUUCUUUUCUUGUUAAAUUUUUCUUCCCUCCAACCCUUACUCUGGUGUGAAAUAGACAUGAUUUAAUUGUUUUAUUAUAUUUUGUUACUUUCCCUUAUUUUCUAUUUUUAACUAAAUUGACUCGUUCAAAAAUGUAUUAUUUAACUUUUAUACUCUCUUUUUUCCUCUGAAUAUAUUUCUAAUUCAUUAAAGUAUUGUCACCUUGUA